UGAUACAGUCUUUCCCCGAGUUACGCGUCACUCGAGUUACGCGAAUUCGAGUUACGCGAGUUUUGAAAUUUUGACAGUUCGCUGAGUUUAUGAUGCACACUUUAAUUGUCAAAUCAAACUUCACUUGUCAUUUGCAUAAUUUCAUAUCGUCAUUUCACUCCAUUCAAAACAAAUCAGAAUCAUUUUCAGCGAGUAAAGAUGUCGUCUAUUCGAAAAAAUACCGUAAAAAGAAAGAAAAAUGUGAUAACUUUUGCUGAGAAGCUCGAGAUAGUGAAGUUAUUCGAGAGUGGGAAAGGUUUCACUGCCAUCGCCCGUGCUACAAAUCGUCCCGAGUCGACAAUAAGGACCAUUGUGAAAACAAAGGAGCGUUUCCUGGAAUCCGUGAAAAGCAAUGCGCUGAUGCAGGGUACAAUCGUAACGCCGUAUCGUGAUGAAACGAUAUUGAAAAUGGAGAGUUUAUUGUUAAUUUGGAUAGAGGAUCUAACAGCUAAAAAAAUUCCCUUAUGUUUAAAAAGUAUAAAAGAGAAGGCUGUAUCGUUAUAUCACGAUAUUAAACGUAAAUCCAAUAAGGAGAAUAUUGAAGAACAAUCAUUCAAAUCAAGCAAUGGGUGGUUUUCACGCUUUAAAAAACGAACCAAUUUACGAAACGUAAAAUUUCAUGGAGAAGCGUCUAGUGCUGAUGAUGACGCCGCUAGCUAUUUUCAUGAUGUUUUUGCCAAAAUUGUUGAAAAAAAUUCUUAUAUUCCAGAACAAUUUUUUAACGUGGACGAGACAGCGCUUUUCUGGAAAAAAAUGCCCACCCGAAGCUAUAUUUCUAAAGAAAUGGAUACAAUGCCAGGUUAUAAGGUAGCUAAAGAUAGAAUAACUAUAAUGAUUGGUGGUAAUUUAGCAGGUGAUUUAAAGUUAAAGCCACUAGCCGUUUAUCGGUCGCAAAGGCCACGAGCUUUUAAAAGCAUAAAUAUUAACAAUCUGCCGGUCUAUUGGAAAUCUAAUACAAAAGGAUGGGUUACUCGCUGUAUUUUCGUUGAAUGGUUCAAUGAAUGUUUUGUGCCAGAAGUGAAACAGUACUGCGAAAAAAAGGAAAUAUCAUUUAAAGUGCUAUUGUUGCUUGACAUUAGCAUCUUGGAAAGAAGUGAAACAAGCGACAAUGCAAGCGGCAUGGAAAAAGAUUUACCCUCAUUUUUUUGCUAGCAAUGAACCACCAGACAGUAGUCAGGAACCUAUAUCAACUGUGUUAAGUGAAUGUGUUUCCUUGGCACACUUUCUUGAAAUAGAAGUUAACUAUGAGGAAAUGGAGGAGCUCGUUAAUUGUGCGGGAGAGCCUUUAUCUAAUGAAGAGCUUAUUAAAAUGCAAUCCCUAGAAAUACUCGAAGAGUACUUAGAGGACGAUAGUGAGGGCAUGGAAGAGGAAAACAAAUGUUUCUCAACAAAAGGUUUAGCUGAAGCAUCCAGCAAUUUGGAAUUGGCAUUAUCAACCAUCGAAGCGAUGGACAGUGAUGAGGAAAGAUUUGCAAGAGUGAGCAACAGUGUACGCGAAAAUAUGAAAAUUUAUCUACAAAUUUGGGAAGACAAAAAAAAAUCUACAAAACAAUUAACGAUGGACAACUUUCUUAUUACUUUGUAAAUAAAAAAUAUGAAUAAUGAAUUUGUGAUCGAAUAAAAUUCGAAUGUGAUCGAAUAAAAUGGACUAAAUAAUUGGAGGACUUAAAUUUGUGUGUCAUUUUUCAUGUUUUUUUAACGGUGAUAUUAAAUAUUCGAUCUCUUAAUACUAGGUAUAAACCAUGUGUCAAGCAGAACUCGACUUACGCGAAAAUCCGAGUUACGCGAAUGUCUCCGGAACGCAUUAUUCGCGUAACUCGGGGAAAGACUGUAAUCGACCUUUUCGACUUGCAGUGCACAAAACUUUAGAUCCACGCAUGAUUUUUGCACCAUUUUUGCUGAAUUUUACUUCCAUUCCUCGUUCAACGACACGUUUCACGGAGAACAAAUUCGCAAAAAGUCCAGGUACAUACAAUACAUCGUGUACUGUAUAUGGCAACUGCUUGUCUUGAGUUUUCACAAAUAUCUUCAAAUCUCCAAUUACAUCACUGGUUAGUGAUACUCCCGACUUGGCCACAUUUAUAAAAAUCGGUGAAUUCAGUUUUCGAAUAUUCUGCAGAUACUUUUUGUUGUUUACCAUAUGUUCCGAUGCACCACUAUCGAGUAUCCAUUGGAAAUUUUCAUCUAAAUUCACAUCACCAGUUAUAAACGCCAUGUCGUCUUGGUUUUCCGCAUACCUAAUGCCCGCUUGGCAAAGAGUAACUCAUUUUGAUUCCUCUGGCUACCCCUGGCCCUAGCUUUGAAGGAAUCAUGCGACACACUCGCACUCCACUACCCCAUCCCAUGGAAAAACGCUCCCACCAUCGAGGUGUUGACCAAAAUUUCGCUGUGUGCAUGAGACACACACUCGCACUCCUCCACCCCUCCAUAGCCGAUCGCUCCCACCGUUGCGAAGUUGCAAGAAUUUUUGCUCUGAGCGUGAGACCCUGAAGGACAAGAGAUGACACUACAGUCAGUCUAAAAAGUAUUCGUCUGGCUGAACAUUUUAAAGAAAAAGGCGAAUUAUGGCCGCAAUGCGUAUGGGGCGAUAAAACUAAUGAUGAGGUUUGAUAAAGAGACCAUCAAUACACACGUACUGUUAAAAAUGCGCAUUAAAAUAGUGCAAUAACAACUAAAUUAUUUACAAAACAAAAAAAAGUCGUUU